GCACCGGGAAGCGGAGGGGAGCCAUGAACUUGAGAAACUUACCGGCAUGGGAGCUGUGCUUGUGUGGGAGGAAACAGAUUGUACUCAGUUCCUAGGAGCCGCUGACCAUUCGCCAGCAUGGUUGUUUUUACAUGCAAUGCAUGUGGAGAGUCUGUGAAGAAAGCACAGGUUGAAAAACAUGUGAACAUCUGUAGGAACUGUCAGUGUCUUUCUUGUAUGGAUUGUGGCAAGGAUUUCUGGGGUGAUGAUUAUAAAGAACAUGUGAAGUGUGUAAGUGAAGACCAGAAAUAUGGUGGAAAAGAUUUUGAAGCCAAAACUAACAAAGGAGAUGCUAAACAACAAGAGUGGAUUCAGAAAAUUCAUGAAGUAAUAAAGAAGCCAAACAUAAGCCCUAAAGUGCGGAACAUUCUGGAGCAAAUGCGUGUCUUUGAUAAUAUUCCAAGAAAAAAAGUAAAGUUUCAGAAUUGGAUGAAGAACAGUUUGAGAAUUACUGACAUCACUUUGCAAGACCAGGUGUGGGAUAUUUUCUCUGAAGCAACCAGAAAUAUCUCAAGUGAAAAAGAACAAGCCAAACCACAGCAGAAGGAAGAGGUGCGUUCUGUAGAAACUGGGGAACAAGCAAUGGCAGAAGAAAAUGGAAUUACAGAUGAUAAAACUGAGAGGAAAAAGAAUAAGAGAGAACGAAAAGAAGAGAGACAAAAGAACAAAAAGAAGGAGAAAAAGGACUUGAAAUUAGAAAACCAGACCGAAGUAAAAAAGAGUAAAAAGUCCAAAAAAGAAAAGGGGAGUUUGGAGAAUGAAUUUGAAAUAAAUGGAAAUGGCCAUCAGAGUGAAGUAGAAAAGGAAACAAAUGUAAAGAAACGCAAACAUAAACAUGCAGAAGAGGAACCUCCUAUCACAAAGAAGAGAAUGAAAACUGAAAACAUUUCAGAAGAUGUGGAAACAGAAAACAACAAUGGCAACGAAGAGAACGUGGGAGGAGGUAAAUUCAACUGGAAAGGAACCAUCAAAGCUGUCCUGAAACAGGCUCCAGACAAUGAAAUUUCAAUUAAGAAACUAAGAAAAAAGGUUAUAGCUCAGUAUUAUGCCAUAGCUGGUGAACAUCACAAAUCAGAAGAGGAUAUUCUGGUCAUAUUUAAUAAGAAAGUGAAUAACAAUCCCAAGUUUAAAGUUUUAAAGGACAAAGUUAAACUCCUGAAAUAAGAGUCUGCAUACAUUUCAUAACAUUGCAUUUUAAUCAGACUGAGACAAAUUCUUCUGUCAGCUGUACAAAUAUGUUGCACUGGUCUCAAAUUGUUUAUGUGAGAGCAGAAUUUUAAGACUGGAUUCCUCCUCUUUCUCUAGAUUUAUCACAGAACAUUUUCAGAUAUUUUAUUUUUUGAUCUUAUGGAAAAUGUAUAUUUUUUGGUACAAGUUUAAAGGAACAUUGAAAAUAAUUGUUGCCUAUUGUAUUAAAACUCUUCUUAUGAUAUAAUUUAUAGGCAGGAAUGUUUAUCGGGACCUUGGUUGUGUGUCUUUCUGCAGAAACUAUUGUAAGAGCAACUAGCAUUUUCAUAUUCAAAAUCCCACUGUGGAAUAAUGUUUUGUUAUGCUAAAAUUCUAUGACUGAUAUCCCCCUUAAUACGGGGCUUUAAUAACCUGUUAAUUCUGUGUAAUAACCUAUUAAUUCUUUGUUGUAACAUGCAUAAUAAAAGUGUCUGUCACAUUUGUGUAUGUAAUAUUGCACAGUCAGUGAAAAUCUGAAGACUGUUACCUGUAUAUACACUGCUACUGAAUGUCUUUAAUUAGUGACACAGCUGACUUCAGUGCCAGGGCUCACUUACACCAAAAAUGGAUGAAAUAAAUUACUUCGAAACAUCACCUUCAAUAUAAUAUAUCUUGACACUUUAUGAUUAUAUAAUAAACCCACAACUGACAUAGAAUUUGAAGAGGCUGUUACGUUGCUGUCACCAGAAUAAUUUAGGCAGGCCAGAAAUCCUACACAUACGUAAGAGACAGAGUUGUCCAGGAAAAGUUACUUGAAGUUUACAGAGGUUUAAUCAUGUGCAAAACAGUUCCAGAUAGGAAGUUUCCUACCAUGAAGUAGUCUGUUAAAAACAGUGGUAGAAAGCCAGGGAAGAUCUCUUGCAGUAAAAGAUAUGUUUUGGAAAAGUACACAGUGGUUUCCAGCAAAUACGCUUUUAUGAAACUCCAUUGUGAAAAUACCAGAAUUUAUAGGAAUUUUGGAUAUAUUAAAAAUAGAAAUAUGAAGAAAUUAACUGUCUGUUACACUGGGUCCAGUUUUAAUGAAUACAUAUUUGUCGUCUUAUAAAAGUUGCAAUCAAAUGUCUAAUAAAUUUAAGAUCCCUUAA